AACAGGGGUGCGGUGCUGCAUUUCCAGCGGUCAGUGUGCUGAUCUUGACGCUUCCCAGAGGGAAAAUCACGCAGUUUUACCUACAUUGGCCGGCCCAUUCAUCCGCCCAUUGAUUGUGGCGCACAGUACUUCCAGCAAGAAAGAAAAAAGAAAGAUCUGCGAGGAGCGUGACCGGUCCCAGUGAUCGCUGCCAGGCGCUGUUGGGCGAUGGUUUUCUUCACAUUGCUGGAAGGAGGGUAGAGAAUGGGUGUUUUCUUGUGGCGAUUUAAUGCCGCUGCCGGCGAUUUGCAAGGAAUUUACUUUGCGCUUGAGACUGGAGGGGGAUCCCUUUCGUUCUGGGCCUCUUCUUCUCUAGCAGUGGCUUGCUAGAUUUGAGAGGAAGAGUUGGAGCAUUCAUUCUGCUCCAGGGCCUCCCUAAGAUUCAAUGACGCUGCUUCUCGUUUUGCUGGCCGGUUGCUACGCUCUCACAUUCGCUGGCUCUCCAGGAGCGUCAGCGAAGGAAAUGCAAGCAGUCACCCGCAGCGAUGGAAUUUGCAAGGAGCUCGUCGCUCCUCACGGUUUCCACUGCGAGGAGUUCAUGAUCCAAACUCAGGACGGAUACCUUCUGGGACUGCAAAGAGUUUAUCGCAAGAUACAGAAGAGUGGUCGCACAGUUAUCCUCUACCACGGCAUUGACAAUGGUGGAGAUAUCUGGCUGCUGAAUCCUCCGAGACAAUCUUUGGCGCUCAUGCUUGCGAAUCGAGGGCACGAAGUCUGGAUCCCAAACACGAGAACGAGCACGUAUAGCUACGGCCAUGUUUCGCUCAGCAAAGAUGACAAGAUGUAUUGGGACUGGAGCUUGGACGAGCUCGUGAAUUACGAUCUCCCAGCAGUGGUGGAGCAAGUUACUGCCAAAAGUGAGACGCAAAAAGUUGACUUUGUUGCGUAUUCCCAGUCUUCUCAAGCGUUGUUGGGAGCAUUCUCCGAGGGCAAAUUGGUGGAUCAAAUCUCCAAGGCAGUGAUGAUAGCUCCUGUGGCUUAUGUCUCGCACACAACCAGUCCAAUUGCUCUCAUAGCUACCAGGUUUAAUCUUGGUCUAGUUCUCGUCGGCCUCAACAUCUACGAAUUCAAUCCCAGAUCGACUUCUGGAGCAAAGAUCCUGGAAACUCUGUGCGUCACGGUCAACAUUUGCGAGAGUGACAUUCUAUCACUGAUAACAGGCCCCAAUUGCUGCGUUGACGACACAAGGAUGGGAUUUAUAAACAAAUACGAGCUCCAGUCGACCUCUGUCAAGAAUUGGAACCAUCUGGGACAGCUGUUCCAGAAGAAAAGCUUCACCAAAUUCGACUAUGGCGAGAAGGAGAACCAGGAGCGCUAUGGCACGAAAGGAGUGCCAGAGUACUUGCCCUCGAGAAUUCCCACGGAUAUCCCGAUGAUGCUCAUCCACGGCGGGAAAGAUGCUCUGGCCGAUCCAGACGACGUCCACAGGCUCUUGGGCGAGCUCAAACAAACUCCAGAAAAGGUCCUCUUCUUGCCGCACUACGCCCACUUUGACUUUGUUCUUGGGACAAGCGCGAGCAAAGACGUCUACGAGGGCAUCGUCAACUUCUUGGAAUCGUGAAGGGUUGACCAAGACGUGGACUUGUUCACUGGAGUGUUGACUGUAUUAGUCAACUUGCUGCUAAAGACGCUUAUCAUAAUAAUGUCGAUGUAGUAUAGUGGUGAGUAUUUCCGCCUGUCACGCGGACGACCCGGGUUCGAUCCCCGGCAUCGGCGAAUAGCACAGCUUUUGCGCCUUUCACGAACAAGAAGCGAUGUUUUUCCUUUCA